AUGGAGAAAAAAAGAAAUAGGGACAUUAAGGAAGAAGACUGUGAGUGGGAAUUUACGCAGUGUCAGGCAAAGACUUAUGGCAUUGUGGAAGAGCUGAAUUGUAAAUGGGAAACAAAAAUCAUUAAAGAAGAGUCUGAGCCAUCCUCUGGCACCACUGAUCUGCAAAAACACAAAAGUGUAAACUGGAAGACAGAAGACCUUAAAUCGGAGCCUGUCUUUCAGGGUGUGUAUCCAGAUGAGGAGCUAACUGGAGCGGCCUACUCAAGUGGUAGGCCUCACUCCGCCCAGGUGAAGACUGAAUCUUUGGAUUGUGACAUGAAGGAGUCUGAGAAGGCAUCAUGUUCUAGGUUUUCAGGAGAAGAUUUACAAGAAGGUUGCAGCCUCUCCCCAUCUUAUUUUCCUCAGACUAUUCUUCACUUUAGACCACACCAAAAUGAACACCUGAAAAAUCUAACUACUGGAACAGAGAUUAGCCUACAGACCUCCUUGCCAUUUAGUGUUUUGCCAGUUGUGAAACAAUCAAAGGUACACAUAAUAAAUGCUCAACAACAACAAACAAAUUCAGAAUCAUUGUAUGUCUGUCAAUUGCAGAGGAAAACUUCUAACCAAAAGUCUAAAAAGAAACAUAAGUGGAGUCAUACAAAGGAAAAGUUACACUGCUGUUUGGAAUGUGGAAAGCAGUUCUCACAAACAAGUCAUCUUAAGACCCACAUAAGAAUUCAUACUGGAGAGAAACCAUUUUGCUGCUCAGAAUGUGGGAAAGGAUUCUCUAACAAAUUCAAUCUUCAGCUUCAUACAAGAAUUCACACUGGAGAAAAGCCAUAUUGCUGUUCUGAUUGUGGGAAACUAUUUUCUUUCAGUAGCCAUCUUCUGACACACAAAAGAAUUCACACUGGAGAGAAGCCAUAUUGCUGUUCCUACUGCGGGAAACGGUUUUCCACCAGUAGCCAGCUUCAGACCCACACAAGAACACACACUGGAGUGAAACCGUAUUAUUGCUCUGAUUGUGGUAAAGGAUUUUCCAACAGUAGCUAUCUUCUGAGACACACAAGAAUGCACGGUGGGGAGAAGCCAUAUUGUUGUUCUUACUGUGGCAAAGGAUUCUCUGACAGACACAAUCUUCAGAUUCACAGAAGAAUUCAUAAUGAAAAAAAGCCAAGUUGUUGUUCGGAUUGUGGAAAAUUUUUUUCAACCAAUAGCAAUCUGCAGAGACAUAUAAGAUCUCACACUGGAGAGAAGCCAUAUUGCUGUUCUGAAUGUGGAAAACGAUUCUCUACAACUAGCCAUCUUCAGCUCCACAAAAGAAUUCACACUGGAGAGAAGCCAUAUUCCUGUUCUGAAUGUAGCAAACAAUUCUCCACAAGUGGCCAUCUUCAGCUCCAUGCAAGAAUUCACACUGGAGAGAAGCCAUAUUGCUGUUUUGAAUGUGGCAAAAAAUUCUCACAAAUUAGCCAUCUUAAGACUCACACAAGAAUUCACACUGGAGAGAAACCGUUUUGCUGUUCUGAAUGUGGCAAACAAUUCUCACAAAUAGGCAAUUUUCAGACCCACAUAAAAAUUCACACCGGAGAGAAACGUACAACAAAAGUCAAAACAUAAACCAACUUGCAAUCUCUGUCCUGUCUUACAGCUCUGGAGUCUUAGAGUGGCCACAAAGUGAUCUAUAUAGACUGGACACUAAAAUAAGAAAAUUGCCACAUGCACAUCAACUAAUAUAUAAGAAUAAAUGCAUCUGAAGAUUUUACAUUGCAAGAUCUGGAAGAGGUAUGGGUUUGUUAGGUCCUGAUGGCCAAAGAAUUAUAGACUGAAAGACACAACAAAAUCCAACCUACCAACAUCAGAACUGCAACUACAGAGUACAAGGAUGAGUUAGUCACUUAGGAUAUACCAAUUCCAAACAGAAAAAUAGAUGCCAGAAGAACUGAAUAAUGUAAUUAAAGGAAAACAAUCAAAGAAACUUAAACUUAUUGACCAGACACAUUGCUGGGAAUGUCCCUUGGCGUUACUUACAUAGGUGACAACUGUAAAUACAAGCACAGUAAGCAAUAUAUGGCACAAUGACAUUAUUUGCAAUACUGUACAGUACUAAGAGUACAGAAAAGCUGGAUAAUUUUAGUCCUAAAUAACUACUUAGUACUCAGAAUGGAGAGAUAAAAAAAUAAAGUAAUGAGAAAUACAGUCGGAAAUAUGCCAGAUAUGGGUGAAAACAACUAAAAUUUACAGGACUAAUUUAAAAGCACCUCCAGGCGUAUCUGAAAAGCCAUAAACACACGUACAAGCAGAAGCUGUGCCAUCAGCCAGUAAUCCAGGAAAUGAAUGAAAGCCUCACUGGCGCAGAAAAAUACAGAGAACUGACAGAGGAUAAUA